UCGGGAAGAUGCCCCGGCCGGAGCUGCCCCUGCCGGAGGGCUGGGAGGAGGCGCGCGACUUCGACGGCAAGGUCUACUACAUAGACCACACGAAUCGCACCACCAGCUGGAUCGACCCGCGGGACAGGUACACCAAACCGCUCACCUUUGCUGACUGCAUUAGUGAUGAGUUGCCGCUAGGAUGGGAAGAGGCAUAUGACCCACAGGUUGGAGAUUACUUCAUAGACCACAACACCAAAACCACUCAGAUUGAGGAUCCUCGAGUACAAUGGCGGCGGGAGCAGGAACAUAUGCUGAAGGAUUACCUGGUGGUGGCCCAGGAGGCUCUGAGUGCACAAAAGGAGAUCUACCAGGUGAAGCAGCAGCGCCUGGAGCUUGCGCAGCAGGAGUACCAGCAACUGCAUGCCGUCUGGGAGCACAAGCUGGGCUCCCAGGUCAGCUUGGUCUCUGGUUCAUCAUCCAGCUCUAAGUAUGACCCUGAGAUCCUGAAAGCUGAAAUUGCCACUGCAAAAUCCCGGGUCAACAAGCUGAAGAGAGAGAUGGUUCACCUCCAGCACGAGCUGCAGUUCAAAGAGCGUGGCUUUCAGACCCUGAAGAAAAUCGAUAAGAAAAUGUCUGAUGCUCAGGGCAGCUACAAACUGGAUGAAGCUCAGGCUGUCUUGAGAGAAACAAAAGCCAUCAAAAAGGCUAUUACCUGUGGGGAAAAGGAAAAGCAAGAUCUCAUUAAGAGCCUUGCCAUGUUGAAGGACGGCUUCCGCACUGACAGGGGGUCUCACUCAGACCUGUGGUCCAGCAGCAGCUCUCUGGAGAGUUCGAGUUUCCCACUACCGAAACAGUACCUGGAUGUGAGCUCCCAGACAGACAUCUCAGGAAGCUUCAGCAUCAACAGCAACAAUCAGUUGGCAGAGAAGGUCAGAUUGCGCCUUCGAUAUGAAGAGGCUAAGAGAAGGAUCGCCAACCUGAAGAUCCAGCUGGCCAAGCUUGACAGUGAGGCCUGGCCUGGGGUGCUGGACUCAGAGAGGGACCGUCUGAUCCUCAUCAACGAGAAGGAGGAGCUGCUGAAGGAGAUGCGCUUCAUCAGCCCCCGCAAGUGGACCCAGGGGGAGGUGGAGCAGCUGGAGAUGGCCCGGAAGCGGCUGGAAAAGGACCUGCAGGCAGCCCGGGACACCCAGAGCAAGGCGCUGACAGAGAGGUUAAAGUUAAACAGUAAGAGGAACCAGCUUGUGAGAGAACUGGAAGAAGCCACUCGGCAGGUGGCAACUCUGCACUCCCAGCUGAAAAGUCUCUCAAGCAGCAUGCAGUCCCUGUCCUCAGGCAGCAGCCCCGGAUCCCUCACGUCCAGCCGGGGCUCCCUGGUUGCAUCCAGCCUGGACUCCUCCACUUCAGCCAGCUUCACUGACCUCUGCUAUGACCCCUUUGAGCAGCUGGACUCAGAGCUGCAGAGCAAGGUGGAGUUCCUGCUCCUGGAGGGGGCCACCGGCUUCCGGCCCUCGGGCUGCAUCACCACCAUCCACGAGGAUGAGGUGGCCAAGACCCAGAAGGCAGAGGGAGGUGGCCGCUUGCAGGCUCUGCGUUCCCUGUCUGGCACCCCAAAGUCCAUGACCUCCCUAUCCCCACGUUCCUCUCUCUCCUCCCCCUCCCCACCCUGUUCCCCUCUCAUGGCUGACCCCCUUCUGGCUGGUGAUGCCUUCCUCAACUCCCUGGAGUUUGAAGACCCGGAGCUGAGUGCCACUCUUUGUGAACUGAGCCUCGGUAACAGCGCCCAGGAAAGAUACCGGCUGGAGGAACCAGGAACGGAGGGCAAGCAGCUGGGCCAAGCUGUGAAUACGGCCCAGGGGUGUGGCCUGAAAGUGGCCUGUGUCUCAGCCGCCGUAUCGGAUGAGUCAGUGGCUGGAGACAGUGGUGUGUACGAGGCUUCCGUGCAGAGACUGGGUGCUUCAGAAGCUGCUGCAUUUGACAGUGACGAAUCCGAAGCAGUGGGUGCAACCCGAAUUCAGAUUGCCCUGAAGUAUGAUGAGAAGAAUAAGCAAUUUGCAAUAUUAAUCAUCCAGCUGAGUAACCUUUCUGCUCUGUUGCAGCAACAAGACCAGAAAGUGAAUAUCCGCGUGGCUGUCCUUCCUUGCUCUGAAAGCACUACCUGCCUGUUCCGGACCCGGCCCCUGGAUGCCUCAGACACUCUAGUGUUCAAUGAGGUGUUCUGGGUAUCCAUGUCCUAUCCAGCCCUUCACCAGAAGACCUUAAGAGUCGAUGUCUGUACCACCGACAGGAGCCAUCUGGAAGAGUGCCUGGGAGGCGCCCAGAUCAGCCUGGCGGAGGUCUGCCGGUCUGGGGAGAGGUCGACUCGCUGGUACAACCUCCUCAGCUACAAAUACUUGAAGAAACAGAGCAGGGAGCUCAAGCCAGUGGGAGUCAUGGCCCCUGCCUCAGGGCCUGCCAGCACGGUGAGCUGGGACCAGGACGCUGUGUCUGCUCUGUUGGAACAGACAGCAGUGGAGCUGGAGAAGAGGCAGGAGGGCAGGAGCAGCACACAGACACUGGAAGACAGCUGGAGGUAUGAGGAGACCAGUGAGAAUGAGGCAGUAGCCGAGGAAGAGGAGGAGGAGGUGGAGGAGGAGGAGGGAGAAGAGGAUGUUUUCACCGAGAAAGCCUCACCUGAUAUGGAUGGGUACCCAGCAUUAAAGGUGGACAAAGAGACCAACACGGAGACCCCAGCCCCAUCCCCCACAGUGGUGCGACCUAAGGACCGGAGAGUGGGUACCCCGUCCCAGGGGCCAUUUCUUCGAGGGAGCACCAUUAUCCGCUCUAAGACCUUCUCCCCAGGACCCCAGAGCCAGUACGUGUGCCGGCUGAAUCGGAGUGAUAGUGACAGCUCCACUCUGUCCAAAAAGCCACCUUUUGUUCGAAACUCCCUAGAGCGACGCAGCGUCCGGAUGAAGCGGCCGUCCCUACCCCCACAGCCUUCCUCGGUCAAGUCGCUGCGCUCCGAGCGUCUGAUCCGUACCUCGCUGGACCUGGAGUUAGACCUGCAGGCGACAAGAACCUGGCACAGCCAACUGACCCAGGAGAUCUCGGUGCUGAAGGAGCUCAAGGAGCAGCUGGAACAAGCCAAGAGCCACGGGGAGAAGGAGCUGCCGCAGUGGUUGCGUGAGGACGAGCGUUUCCGCCUGCUGCUGAGGAUGCUGGAGAAGCGGCAGAUGGACCGAGCGGAGCAUAAGGGUGAGCUUCAGACAGACAAGAUGAUGAGGGCAGCUGCCAAGGAUGUGCACAGGCUCCGAGGCCAGAGCUGUAAGGAACCCCCAGAAGUUCAGUCUUUCAGGGAGAAGAUGGCAUUUUUCACCCGGCCUCGGAUGAAUAUCCCAGCUCUCUCUGCAGAUGACGUCUAAUCGCCAGAAAAGUAUUUCCUUUGUUCCACUGACCAGGCUGUGAACAUUGACUGUGGCUAAAGUUAUUUAUGUGGUGUUAUAUGAAGGUACUGAGUCACAAGUCCUCUAGUGCUCUUGUUGGUUUGAAGAUGAACCGAUUUUUUAGUUUGGGUCCUACUGUUGUUAUUAAAAACAGAACAAAAACAAAAAACACACACACAAAAAAAAAACAGAAACAAAAAAAAACCAGCAUUAAAAUAAUAAGAUUGUAUAGUUUGUAUAUUUAGGAGUGUAUUUUUGGGAAAGAAAAUUUAAAUGAACUAAAGCAGUAUUGAGUUGCUGCUCUUCUUAAAAUCGUUUAGAUUUUUUUCGGUUUGUACAGCUCCACCUUGUAGAGGUCUUACUGCAAUAAGAAGUAAUGCCUGGGGGACGGUAAUCCUAAUAGGACGUCCCGCACUUGUCACAGUACAGCUAAUUUUUCCUAGUUAACAUAUUUUGUACAAUAUUAAAAAAAAAUGCACAGAAACCAUUGUGGGGGGGAUUCAGAGGUGCAUCCACGGAUCUUCUUGAGCUGUGACGUGUUUUUAUGUGGCUGCCCAACGUGGAGUGGGCAGUGUGAUAGGCUGGGCGGGCUAAGCAGCCUAGUCUAUGUGGGUGACAGGCCACGCUGGUCUCAGAUGCCCAGUGAAGCCACUAACAUGAGUGAGGGGAGGGCUGUGGGGAACUCCAUUCAGUUUUAUCUCCAUCAAUAAAGUGGCCUUUCAAAAAGAAUCUUCCUCUUGCUCUCUUUUUCUUUCCUACCCCUCACUUCAUCUGUUUCCCUGAUUUUUGACUCUCCCCUUUCCAGUCAUUUCUUUCCCACCCAUCCCCAGUCCUGGAAACAUUUAUUUUUUCUUUUGCCCACUGUUUUCAUUUGUUCAUUAAAUUAAAAUGACUGCUCAGCUCAUUGGGAAUCCACAUCCCCAAGUUAGACUGGGGAUAUGGUCUCUGUACUGUCUCCUUCUAUGGAAUUCCACCCCACCCAAUGAGAGAUGACUUCACAAUUUCUUCAUAUGAGCAUCAUUCCAUGUCAUCCCCAACCCAGGGGCAGUAGGUGCUGCAGCUUGUGCUUCAUGCUGCUCCUGUGGCCCCUAUCCCUACCCAUCUCAGAGCUUUGCAGGGUCUAUUGCAGACAAUCAGAAGUCACUUUCUAACAAAUAGCAAUAGCCACAAAUCUCUUCCUCCUUCCUCUCUGACAUUACCCUGUGCAACUUUUCUCAAAGUCUGUUGCACCACUCAGCAAAGCAAGUUGCAACAGCUAUAUCAGAAUCACCUGGGGCAGCCUAUUAAAAAUGUGGACUGUUGAGACCAUCCUGGCUAACACAGUGAAACCCUGUCUCUACUAAAAAUACAAAAAAUUAGCCAGGCGUGGUGGCAGGCACCUAUAGUCCCUGCUACUCAGGAGGCUGAGGCAGGAGAAUGACCUGAACCCAGGAGGCAGAGCUUGCAGUGAGCUGAGAUUGUGCCACUGCACUCCAGCCUGGGUGACAGAGCAAGACUCCGUCUCAAAAAAAAAAAAGAAAAAUGCAGACUGGCCGGCAUGGUGGCUCAUGCCUGUAAUCCCAGCACUUUGGGAGGCUGAGGCAGGCAGAUUAACUGAGGUCAGGGGUUCGAGACCAGCCUGAUCAACACGGAGAAACCUGGUCUCUACUAAAAAUACAUAAUUAGCUGGGCGUGGUGGCACAUACCUGUAAUCCCAGCUACUUGGGUGGCCAAGGCUUGAACCCAGGAGGCAGAGGUUGCGGUGAGCCGAGAUGGAGCCAUUGACUCCAGCCUGGGCAACAAGAGUGUAACUCCAUCUCAAAAAAGUAAUAAAAAUGAAAUGCAGACUGUCGGGUCCCUCUCUAGACCCACUGAACUAUCCCACCCACCCUGGGACAGUCCCCAGUGCCAGUGUUUUACCCAUGCUCCCUCUGUAAGUCUUAUGCACACCACUAUUUGAGAGCCCCACUGGUAUAAAGUGAGUAAAACCCAGGCAGAGACAGGCAAAAUGGUGAGGCCCGCAUCCUAUUGGUGAGUCACACAGGGAACACUGAAAUUCAUGGCCCUCUCCAGGCCACUGGGGACCUGUGGGCGGUGAUGGAGGGAGUGGCGCCACCUUCACUUGCUGCUGAGGCUCUUCCCCCUCUCCCCAGCACACCCCUUACCUGGCUGUCUCUCCUCAUGUAUAAGGAACCUAUAGUGGUGUAGAAUCUACUCUUCUUCCCCCUAUGGCUUCCAGGCCCUCCUGGAUAGCUGCUAUCCAGCCCGAUUUCUCACCACUGGCCCGGGGCUUCCUCCUGCCCCAUAGCUUCACCUCUCUGAACACAUCAAUCUCUGAUGUUCUCUCUCCCAUUGAAUUCCACCAGACACAUUCAGGGUUGACUUUGCAAUGUCUUCAUAUGAGUAUCAAUCAACACCUUCCCCAACUCAAUUGUGCUAGGUUGUAGAGCACAAGGAUGGUCUCGUGCUGCUCUGUGGCUCCUGUGCCUACACAGCUCUGAGCUUUGAGGAGGCUGCUGUCCUUGCUGACCCCAUGAUCUUUUCUGCCCUUCUGUUAAGGGCAUUGGCCACAGCAACGGGGCAGAUGACCCAAGCUGGCUGUGAGCGACCCAUCCCUUUGGCUCCCAUGAUGAGACCAAGGAGAGGCAUGGGGCCCAGCUGCGCCAUUCAGAACCAUUCCCUAGCAUUUUCCACUCAAAGGUUAGCGAUGAGAUUUUCUCUUCCCAAGGCUACCUCUGGCCAUGGUUCCAGCUUCAUGGGGACAAUGGGAUUAGGAAAAUGAGGCCAACCUGCAAAGGAAAGCAGAUGCAAGAGAUGGAGACAGAAUGGGGGUGUCCUGGGGAUCUUGGAGCCUGAAUUCAUUGGCAUAAGAGGCAGCAUCCUCCUCACUGUAUCUGCAGUCCAUUUGGACUCAAUAAAAACUUCGAAAGUCACGUGUUAUGGAAUUCCUUCUCAGCGACACAUUCAUCUGUGCUCAGUUGUCCCAGCAAGGGUCAGCCCCUCACACCCCUGCAGCAUCCGCUGCUAUGAAGCAGAGCUGUAAACGCCCUCCCUGUGUAUGGGAAAAGCUACAUGGAGCAAAUCCUCCUGCCUGAAGAAGUGCAUCUCAGCAUCACUUCAGCUGUCGGGGCGUUUGUGGGGAGAACCAGACCACCUCCGCGGAAGGCAACAGACCCUCUUCCAGCCAUAGAGUUGAAUUCUCUAUAAAUGGUUCACCAGCAAACCACCAAUACAUUCCGUUGUUUGCCUAGAGAGAAAUUUAAAAAUAAAUAAAUGUUCAUUUAUAA